GUCUUGUUCUUGAAAAUAGUGUCAUUUUGAGUGCUUUUGUGGACUCAAGUACAUGUAGCUAUUUUUUUCAGAAAUUUUUUGUAGGCAUGUGACUAUGUGUAGGCUAAGAAGCUGUGAUUGGAUAAGACAGAACUAGAGAUACCAUUGAAAUAUGACUAUAUGUUACCUAUUCGGUCGGGUUGUAUUUAUUUGCUCAGCCCUAAUUCUUCCACCACCAAAAAAAUCAAUUCACCAUCAUGGCAUCUUCUUCAACAAUUCCAAACCUAUCCUUAACAUUGAAUUGUCAAACCUACAUUGAUUUCAAACCGCCAUUACCGAACUAUUUGAGCUUCUCUUCUUCGAAGCGUCGACGACCUCCAUAUCUUUUCACUGUUAGAGCAAGCGACUCGGAUUUCGAGGCCGCCGUUGUUGCUGGUAAUGUGCCGGAGGCGCCUCCUGUACCGCCUAUACCUGCUCCACCUGCGGGAACACCGGUGAUUCCUUCUCUUCCAAUUCAAAGGCGUCCUCGUCGGAAUCGAAGGUCCGUCGUACUUCGAUCGGCGUUUCAGGAAACAAGUUUAUCACCUGCCAAUUUUGUGUAUCCACUUUUUAUACAUGAAGGUGAGGAGGACACCCCAAUUGGGGCUAUGCCUGGAUGCUACAGGCUUGGUUGGAGACAUGGACUUGUGGAAGAGGUUGCAAAAGCACGGGAUGUUGGUGUUAACAGUGUUGUGCUCUUCCCCAAAAUUCCAGAUGCUUUGAAGUCUCCCACCGGUGAUGAAGCAUACAAUAAGAAUGGUUUAGUUCCUCGGACUAUACGGUUACUCAAGGAUAAGUACCCAGAUCUUAUUAUUUAUACAGAUGUUGCAUUAGAUCCUUAUUCGUCAGAUGGACAUGAUGGCAUAGUCAGAGAAGAUGGAGUUAUUAUGAAUGAUGAGACUGUUCAUCAACUUUGUAAACAAGCUGUAGCCCAGGCCCGAGCUGGAGCAGAUGUUGUCAGCCCCAGCGAUAUGAUGGAUGGCCGGGUAGGAGCAAUGCGAUUAGCUCUCGAUGCUGAAGGCUUUCAGCACGUUUCUAUAAUGUCAUAUACAGCAAAGUAUGCAAGUUCAUUUUACGGCCCAUUUAGAGAAGCAUUGGACUCAAACCCCCGGUUCGGAGACAAGAAGACCUAUCAGAUGAAUCCAGCAAAUUACAGAGAGGCUAUGACUGAGAUGAGGGAAGAUGAAUCUGAAGGAGCUGACAUUCUCUUGGUGAAGCCCGGUCUUCCUUAUUUGGAUAUCAUAAGGCUGCUUAGGGAUAAUUCUCCUCUGCCAAUUGCAGCAUACCAGGUUUCUGGUGAAUACUCAAUGAUAAAAGCUGGCGGUGCUCUGAAAAUGAUUGAUGAAGAAAAGGUUAUGAUGGAGUCAUUAUUGUGCCUCCGGCGAGCAGGUGCUGACAUCAUCCUUACAUAUUUUGCUCUACAAGCUGCUAGAUGUUUGUUUGGAGAGAAGAGGUGAGAUUCUUUAAAUAUAUAGGGCAGUUUUCAUCCUAGAAGGCCGAUGAGCUCAAAGCAUUUGCCAGUAUGCAGGGUUCAAAUAAAAUGCUGAGAUGAUUUUCCCCAAUGUGUUAUUGUAGUUUUUUUCAACCCAUUAUCUUAUAAACGGUGUAAUUUAUUCAUCUGCAGAAUAAUUAGUACUGUAUGAACAAAAGCUAUCAGAUGAAUCCAACGAAUAAACAGAGAACAUGAGGCGGACGGAUAAACUAGUGUACCAGUUUUGUACAAAAUGGAAUGGACAUUGUUUCCAA